ACUAUGAUCUAGUGUUUUUUUUUUUGUUUCUUUUUUUUUGGCUUUUAUGACGCUCUCGACUUCUCCCUGAAGCUUGGGCGCUAGUUCAAUUUCAGCUCACGGUUCCUGAGUGUCAAGCUGCUAUCGACCUUAGCUAGCUCCCUAACAUCGUCACAACAAACAUGACUUCAUCUAUGAUCUAAUCAUAUCCCUAAUUCACGGAUAGAAACAUCAGUUUCCGUCUUUAAUUUGCUUCUUUCGCCAAUCUCCCUUCAGACUCCACCACGGAUCAUCUAUCCCUUAAAGCACUGACCUCGAUUCAAAGGCUAGCAAUACCUCAGCAUCAUCGAUCGUUGAUGCAACUCUCCCGUUGUCUCAUUAACGAAACUCGAGAUCGAACUCCACUACAGUUCAGAUAAACCACUUAACGCGUCAAGAUCAUGUAAAUCGCGAAUCGGUCGCGGUUAGUUGCUUGCCACUUGCAUCACAAUCGCCCAGCCACGCGACAGCUGAUCUGGAGAUUAACCUCUCGGAUCGAGGUUUUCAAUUAAGAGAUCAGGGGUACUGGGAUCUGGCUCUUAAGUGCUUGCAGCAAGGCUAGUAGCGAGCCGUGCUGUUGGUCCUGAGGAGAUGAUUCAUUGAAGUGGUUAUCCGUCAAUGUCGUCAUGGAUAGAUGCUUUUGUUUGCGGGCCAUGACGGAAUAGUCGUUUAUGGUGAGAACGGAUGUUUCAGUUAAGGAGAAGAAACGACAUGUAUAAGAAGAGUUGUCUUCUCGAGUUAGAAGAAGAGAGCAUUCUCACUAUCACACAGUAUUCACUCUCAUCUCCAACUCACCACUUACACCACAACCACUAUUCACACUCCACCAACAAUAUUCAUCAUGUCUUCCGACGGUCUUCAAGAUGCUCCCUCCGCUGAGUUCCAGGACGACUCUUACGUCUCUCGCCCUGGUGAGAAGGAACAGCCCAUCCCAGUUCAGUCCGACUCCGAUCGAGUUGAGGAUCCCAUUGACGGAGAGCAGGCCGACACUGACGCCCAGCUUGAGCGCGAUGAUAAGGAUGCUAUCGACGAAAGUAACAUUAUCGAGGAGCGUACCCGAGGUGCUGCCCAGCCCAGCGGUACUUACCAGGAGCCCGGUGAUGAGGAGGGUCUCCCUUCUGACACUGGUCGAAGCUCCAACUAUUAAACGAGUUAUGAGAGCGUGAAGGCGAUUUUUGGAUAGCGAAUGGAUUUGUACAAUAGAAGUCUCGAAUGAAAUGACCUUUGACCAG